AUACAAUACACAUAACUUUCACUUUUUGCUGCGCUGUGAACUUGUGAAGCCGAAGCUAGAGUUCUCUGAGGAUUUCGCGUCUACGUUUUAUCAUAUGGUCACCGCGCGAACCGAUGACGUGGUGACUUUUACCAUAAAUAAACUCGGCUAACAAAUAAUGGUGUGUAAUUUAAAGUUCUAACUGUUCUACACAAAAGCUCUACGAUGGGAAUGGAAAGAAAUGUCUCGGGGACAAAAUCAGAGUAUCUAUACUCCCCUGAGCUUCUGCAGAGGUUGGACUUCAGUAAAAGUCCCGCCACAUUCAACCCAAAAAUAAGUGCAGUACAGCCGGGUGAGGACUGGAUGGUUGUGAGGCCCCUGCAGCGGUCAGAUUACGACAAAGGAUUCCUGCAGCUGCUCAGCCAACUUACAAGCGUUGGGAAUGUCACACAACAACAGUUUGAUGACCGCUUCACGCAAAUGAAGCAAUCGGGCGGUUACUACGUGACCGUCAUAGAGGACACACGCAUCAAGAAGUUGAUCGGCGCCGCCACGCUCACCGUGGAGCAGAAGUUCAUUCACAACUGCUCUUUGCGUGGGCGACUAGAGGAUGUAGUGGUCAAUGAUACGUACAGAGGAAAGCAGUUGGGAAAAUUGAUCGUAGUGACAGUGUCCCUCCUAGCGCAAGAGGUCGGCUGCUACAAGAUGUCCCUGGACUGCAAGGACAAGCUCAUCAAGUUCUACGAGACCCUCGGCUACAAGAUGGAGCCAGGCAACUCUAACGCUAUGAACAUGAGGUUCGAGGAUCCCUCCUGACAAUUAGCCGCCGGGACGUCUGACCUGCGCUCUAAACUGUAAGUCCCGCGCGCCGAGCAGUCUUCGCAACCCCACGUCAUUACCCCACAGCACUACGCCAUAGCACUCCGCGUUCUCUACAUACGCAUAAUACGCACGCGACUUAAUAAGUUACCAGUAUAUCUACUGUCGAAUAAAGGGCAAACUAUUUCUGACAAAUGAAUGAAGAAUGUUUAAAUAAAAUUCAGAAAAGUGUAUACUGAUCGAUGAAUUGACAACAUUUCAAAAUUUUCAAUAUCCCUUAAUCGAAAACCAUUUCGAGAGGGGCUCCUGUAGAUUACAAAAAAAUUUUUUUUAUAUAUUUUUUACGAAUUUUUGUAUUCAAAAUCUCUAAAAAUAGUUAAAACGGAAAUUGACGUCACCCAGCUCCUUCAGUUCUGCCACUACAAGCAAAAAAAUGACUUCCGAUUGGGUUGACAUUUUCAUUGUCAUUGAAAACGGGAUGAAAACCAUCGUUUGACUUGAGUUUUGACGUUUGUGACACUUGUUAAUUAGUGAUUUUAUUUUUAACGUUUGAGGUUAUGUCACUCGCACUGUUGUCUAUGCUCAAACGUAAAUUAAUUCAACGUUUUUUCCAGUGUAUGAAACAGAUCCGUGACGUCACGAUUCUCACAAAUGACGUUUGUUACAUACGCCCUUUUGUUUCAAGUAACAAUAUAAAUAGAUUUUAUGACCAAAAUAUAGGACUUACGC